UUGAAUCAUUUUCUCUUUGUUUUAGAUGUUAGGCACAGAUCUAGAUCAAAAAACAACAAGAAUAGAAGGAAGUCUCAUUAUGAUAACAGAGUUCUACAAAUACAGAAUACACCAGUACUGCGGAAGUACAGCUCCUGUUCCACAAUAUUUAUUGACGAUUCCACCGUCAGUCAACCAAACCUCAAAAAUACGAUAAAAGCUGUGGCCUUUGCCAUUUACUUUCAUAUACGAAACCGUGAGAGUAACAGAACAUUGGAGAUUUUUGAUGAGAGGCUUCAUCCUUUGUCGCGAGACCAGGUGCCAGAAGAUUAUGACCGCCGAGACCCGGAACAUAAACAUAUUUAUAGAUUUGUUCGGACCUUGUUUAGUGCAGCCCAGCUGACUGCAGAAUGUGCAAUAGUUACCCUGGUGUACUUGGAGAGGCUACUUCAUUAUGCAGAAAUUGAUAUUAUGCCGGCAAAUUGGAAGCGUAUUGUCCUGGGUGCGAUACUGCUGGCGUCCAAGGUGUGGGAUGACCAGGCGGUGUGGAAUGUGGACUACUGCCAGAUCCUCAAGGACAUAGCAGUGGAGGACAUGAAUGAUCUUGAAAGACAGUACCUAGAAAUGUUACAGUUCAACAUUAACGUGGGGUCGAGUGUAUAUGCCAAGUACUACUUUGAUCUGAGGGCACUUGCAGAUGCCAAUGACCUUAGCUUCCCAUUAGAACCACUCAGUAAAGACAGAGCCCUCAAACUAGAGGCGAUGUCUAAUGAAGAUGGUAUAGAGAGGAUCAACCAAAAACCUACCCUGGUUCGUUCUAACAGUUUAGACGGCAUGACAGCCAACCCCCGACUUAGUGUUGCUAUAAUCUCAUAACCGCGGAAAUCAAGCUUAACAAGCACAACGAAUAUGUAACAAGUCUUCAGUAUAGUUACACAAAUAUAUGAGCUUUUGGAAUAAUUGUGCAAUAGUUUUGUAAAUUUCUACAUCAUGUGAUAAAGAUUCAAGUUUUAAUAUCCAUUCAUGAAAUUUUUCAGUGUAAACAGUGAUAUCUGCUAUAUUUGCCUUCUUAUUCGAAGUCUUUUUUCUCUCUUAACAAUGUAAUGAUGCCUGUUUUGUGAAAAAAAGGUGAAGAUUCCCUUUUCAUAACAGAUAGACAUGGUAUUUCCCUCUUUUAGAAAACAUUUUUGGAGUUCAUACAUUCUAUCAUCUGGUUGCUAAUAAGAAUUUGGUAUUAUACCCAUCUGAUAUGGCUAUUUUGGACAAAUAUUUCUGAUUGUUUCCAUUCUUGCUCAAAUUAGUUUCAGUAUAUAAUCUCUAUUUCAUUAGGUACACCCCGUUCUAUGAUAAUCUAGGUACUCCACACUGGAGAUGUCCUGAAGAUGUUAUGUGAUAAUGUACAUGUAAAUCAAAGUCCCUGAAUCAAAUUCUGGAGAUUUAUUGCGCUAUGUACCAGUUUGUAGAGUAUAUGUGUAAUUAAAUGCCUUGUCCCAACUUUGAAAGUUUAUAAAACAAGCUACAUCAACAUUGAUCUGUGUAGUUCUUGAAAAAAAAUUCGAUGAUUUAGACAAAAUUAAUAGUUAAUGCUACUAAAAUAGAGUGGCUUAUAGUUCAUACGUAUGUAGUAGAUUUUAUUUUCAAUAUUGGUGCUGAAUCUUUAUGUGCUAUUUUAAUUUAUUAAUUGAUUGGGAUUUGUGUAAUGAAAUCCUUUUCCCAAUUCAUAAAAUAAAACCAGGUCUCGAUUUCAUUGAUACAUGUAACUAGAAAAUACAAUGGUAAGCACAAUUCUUUUGUCUCAAAAGAUCUCAUUUCAAAUUAAAAAUGUUCAUUAUAAACUGAAACCACAAAAUGUUAAGUAUAGGAAGUAAUUGUACAAAUGUUUGUCUUUGUUUACGUCCUAUGUUUACGUAAUGAAAUCUGUCGUAAGAGAAGAGACAGGUCGGCAUAAUCCUGUUGGAGUUGAAUCAAGAGAAAAUAUUUCUUUUGUAAGAAUCUCAUGAACACGUGAUCUUUUUAUGAAGCUAGUGUUGGAUGCUCUGUAUUGUGUCCCUGUUUGUCAAAUAACUACAAAAAGAAAACCAUUCAUCAUUUGUCAGCCAUGGAUAUUAAAUCAGGUUAAAUGGUUGUGAUCAUUUCAAUGCUGCACAGUCAGUCAACUCUUUGUCAGUUUAACAGAGAAGUUGAACGUCCUUAAGUACUGAUUCUAUAAUUCUGUCUUAAACGGUUCCUUUUAAAACACAAAUUUAUGGAUAAAAAUUUUUUGGCCUUUAAUAGUUUAUUUCCCAUGUACUGCUAUUCUGCACUCAAAUUAAUUUGGCCAUAAAUAGACAUGACAGAAAAGGAAACCUUUCAAAGAUUUCUUUCAUCUUAAAAAAAUUAUUCUUGGACUUAAAGAACCAGUUAUUUCUACACUUUUAUUUUUAUUUACUGAUGAAGGAGAGGUUUUGUUUAAUACAGUUUUGUAAAUGUUUCAUGUUGUCUUUCAAACUAUAACUUUUGAUGUCUUUGUAAAGUUAUAAUGAAGACAUAUGAUAGAAUGCUCUCUUAGACCUAAUCUGUGAUUAAUAAUGUAUAAAGCAUGUCAUUUAUACUAGUGAUUACGUAGUGGUUAGUUAUGGACCCAGAGCUUUGGUCAGUUUUAUCAGUACAGAUCGUUACAAGCUAGUCAUUUAUUUCCUGUCAAUACAGGUCUCACUCUGUAUUUUAUUGAUGUAGAAUAUCUGGUAUUUAUUUUUAACAGUCGUAAUGUAUUGAUCAUAUCCCUACCACCUAUUUAAUUUAAUACCUAAAACUAAUUCUUGUAAAUUUUUUUGAGUGAUUUUUUCAUCAGUAUUAAUGAUAAACAAAUUGUACAUUUUAGAUUGAUAUUACUGUGUGUUCUGUUUUUUUUUUUUUAAGAUUUUUUUUCAUCGAUAGCUUUUUGUAUAUAAAGGGUCCAAGUUGUCACAUGUGCUUAACUGCACUAAAACAGUCAAAAUGAAAAACUACUGAAAUUAGAAUUAAGGCCAUAGAAAUGUCAUAAGUAUUCUCAUUUUAUUUAAAGAAAGGAAUUCUUAAAGGUAUCCCUACAAAGACAUAUAAUAUUUCUGAAAAAAAUACUAUACAUCAGAAAAAACUGAAAAAUUAUUUUUUGGUUUGUGUGAAUAAUAAAACAAUACAACUUGAACUAGAGUUUUGGCCUGGAUUCUAUAUACAUGUAUGUUACUAAGCAUUAUAGAUGGUUUCAUUUGUAUGAAGUUUCAUUGUACAUGUACAGUUUUUAGUUGCAUGGAUAAACUGAGGACAAAAUGUAAGCUUAAAGGAUGUUAGUGAAAUGUUAGUUUAAGUUUAUUUGUCGGAGAACUCUUGCAAAAUUGUUCACAAGUGUGAAAGGACAAAAAAGAAAAGAAAAAACCUCUAUUUACAGAAAUAUCUACUGAAAAACAAUUUAAGUCAAAUCAUUAAAAAAUUACUUUUUUGAGAGGUUUAUUCUCCAUAUUUAAUUUAUUGUUCAGAUCUAUGGUUCCUUUUACACAGUAUGUUCUCUUUAUGUUUAUUUGCACCCCCCUGGAAAGUCGAUUUUUUGUAUAAAUUCUAGUAAUUAUCAAACAAGUGAAUGAUUUACUGUGUGUAUUAGUAAAGAUGAUGCUGGCAUUUUGUAAAAGUGUAUGAAAGUCUUGAUUAUACAUUGUUCAGUUUCUACUAGUGGAACAAUAUUGUAUAUCAUUUUAUUUGUUGAAUUAUCUGUGCUUUUAUUUGUAGGGCUGCUUGCCAUUGUCAAUAAAAAGGGAAUUAUUAGUAAA